ACAAUGAUAUACGGGCAGACGCCAAUGAAACUAUUAAUAUAACGUGUUCUAAGAGAAAAUAUUGAAUUUACUAGUGAAAUUUGUUGGAUACUGGAAUUGAAAUAUUACCGGUUUAUUGCAAAUAAAUAGAAAUUUGGAAUAGGUCCAGGACCAUCUGUAAAGCAUAGUUGAAGUGAGCAGUGGAUUCGAGUAAUUGGGCUACUGAAUCGUAAGUAAGGUUAUGGAGGAAAUUAACAGUUUAUUAAUUAUUGUACACCUAUUUUAGUUUUGAAGCAACCGAUAAUAAAGCUGUCGAAAGUCAGAACAAGCUCAAACGGAUACCCUGCUCUCUCUGAUAACAUUCUUCAAAAGGUUCAGAUUCAACAAUGAGCGAAGGAGGAAACUAUUCCCAGGGAACACCGGAGGUGGACGCUUCAAUGCUCGGCUGUGUGGCCUGCGACCGUCCCAAUUCAGCCGACAACUUUGUCAGUUGUGAUCGUUGUGAGGGCUGGUGGCAUAUGUCCUGUGCUGGGGUAACGGACUCUAUAGAAGAUUGUGAGUGGGUGUGCAUCAAGUGCCUCCCUGUUCCUGCUCCGUCGAUAUCCGUCACUUCUACUUCUUCCGCGCGUCAAGCCAGACUGCAACUGGAACUGCGGCGGCUUACUGAAAUGCGUGAGCUCGAGAGAAUGGCCAUGAAUGUGGAACUCGAGCGCAAGUUCUUAGAACGGAAGUACCAGAUGAUGGAGAAAUCCUUGCAGGAGGAAGAAGAUGAUCUACAAAGUGCUCGUAGUCACACCAUUAGGCAAGAAGACAUGAAACGGGCUAAGGACAUCGAAGAUUGGGUCGAGAAACAAUCCGCUGAUUUGGAAGAGUCUGGUUCGAUUAGAAGCCUUUCAGUGAAGUUGAUGGUGAAAAAGUUAGAGAAGACGAAAAUUAAUCCCGGAUCUGGUACUCAUUCCAGGAAAUCACCAGCCGUUAUUGGUAAUUCGGCCGAUAUCAGAGUAGGAACCAGAAUUCAACUAUCACCACCGCCUGUUUCCUCCGGAGAACAAGGUUCGAUGGAUCUAGGAAAGAGAAAGGAAUUGUUGCAACCCCCAGAAGACAAACCGUCUGAUCUAACGUUCGAGCAAAUUGCAGCUUUGCAGGACCAUCUAGCGAGGUGCAAAAUGCAGCUACAGCCAACGGCAAGUGAUCCGAAUCCGUACGGAAUGUUGAAACCAUGCGAGCCGGACGUCAGCAAAGGUGCUGUACCUAAAACCUGUUCGAAAUUGGUUCGACCUGCGAAGGAGAGGCUGUCUUUAUUUAUAACCAAGCCAGCCCCUGGGAACGUGAAUCCAGAAGGAAAUAGAGAAACCAGUACUAAGCGUAAAGAGCAAAACCCCAGAGUAAUCCCGCCAGAACACCUCUCCCCAAUAAAGCAGCGAAAUGCUACUAAUGCACCGCAGCAACAACGCGCUCAUGGGCCGCAGUGGAUUACUGAAACAGAACGUCGUCUUCUGAGUUCACUAGCGCGUAGACCAAAAGAAACGAGUCAGGAACGAAACCCAACGAACCCAGCUAGCGUACAUGCGAAUAUCAUACCCACGAUACACGAUGAGCAGCAACUAAACGAAAUCGAUCCGGUAUUCGUGGGAAGCCAGCGUAGCGCCCGCGCACGAGCUGCGGAACCACAAAACCUGCGAGAAGAAGGCUACGAUAUUGGACCUACACACCAACAACUGGCUGCUAGGCAAGUUCUACCACGUGACUUGCCAACAUUUUCAGGAAAUCCAGCUGAUUGGCCCGUCUUUAUUAGUCAAUACGAGUACACUACCGAUGCAUGUGGGUAUAGCGACGGGGAAAACAUGGUACGCCUCCAACGGUGCCUGAAGGGCCCAGCAUGGGAAUCUGUACGCAGUCGUCUGGUCCUACCGGCUUCAGUCCCCCUAGUGAUCCAAACACUCAAAAUGCGCUACGGACGUUCCGAGCUACUGAUCGAAUCACUAGCAGAAAGGGUGAGAACCGCACCUUCGCCAAAGGUAGACAAGCUGGAAAUGAUAAUCGAGUUUGGUAGUAUGGUGCAGGCACUUUGCGAUCAUAUUAUCGCUGCACAUCUAUACGACCAUCUUGCGAACCCCACUUUGCUGAAAGAUUUGGUGGAGAAACUACCUGCCGAGUAUCGAAUGAGGUGGGCUGGACAUCGUAGACAGCAAACGGAGGUAAAUUUGAAGACCUUCAGCGAUUUCAUGGAGGAGAUCGUCAGCGAUGCCUACAGCGUGUCGAACGUAGCCACUACUUUCGAACGAUACAGCAAACAGGAUCGCCCGAAGCCACGAGAUCGGAAUUUAAUUCACACCGAAGCGGGGAAGGUGGAUUGCUUGGUGUGUAAAAGAGAAGGACAUCGCGUAAAGGAUUGCAAAAUAUUCUCCGCCUUACCGGUCGACGACCGCUGGAAGAAGGUGCAAAGUUUGCAAUUGUGCCGAACCUGCUUGUCGAAUCACGGGCGAAGAGCGUGCCGCAGUACGAAACGCUGUGAGGUCGACGGAUGUCAAUAUCGGCACAAUCCACUCUUACAUGCUUCCGCUUCGAAGUACAAGGGACAAACCAGCGAGUCGCAUGUACAGUAUCACCUCAACGAAGCAUCCAUACCGUCUUUACUUUUCCGCAUACUUCCGAUCACAUUACACAAUGGUCUCAAAAGCGUGAAAACGUUUGCCUUUUUAGACGAAGGAUCAUCCGUAACCAUGAUCGAAAGCAGUUUGGCAAAGGAAUUGGGCGUUACCGGGUACAAAAAGCCACUCUGCUUGAAGUGGACCGGUGACGUGACCAGGGAAGAACUUGACUCACAGCGCAUCUCGAUCCUCAUCUCCGACUGCGGAAAUUCUAAACGGUACAGAAUGAACGACGUUCGCACAAUCCAAGCUUUGGAUCUUCCUAUGCAGAGUCUACCAAUCGACAAGCUGAUGAAUAUUUACCCCCACCUCGCUGGACUUCCUGUUCGAGGUUAUCACAACGCAGUUCCCAAAUUGCUCAUCGGUGUCGAUAAUCUGCGACUGGCGCUUCCGUUAAAAACUCGGGAAGGUGUUACGGGUGGCCCUACGGCCGUCAAGACACGGUUAGGCUGGUGUGUCUACGGAGGUCAGCGUACUCAAGAACAUCCAGAAUACAGCUAUCACAUCUGUGAGUGUGGGGGAGAAGAGGCCUUUGACGAAGCCUUGAAGAAGUACUUUUCUUUUGAGGAGGCCGGAAUUAAACCAACGGGUGCGGUAAUGUCUGAAGAGGACAAACGAUGUGCCCGAAUAUUAGAAACUACUACUAAACGAGUCGGCGAGAGGUUUGAGUCGGGGCUGCUGUGGAAAUAUGAUAACUUUGAGUUCCCAGACAGUUACCCGAUGGCGGUCAAACGACUCCAGUGUCUCGAGAGCAGAAUGGCUAAGGAUCCGUCGCUCAAGCAAAACAUCUUGCGGCAGAUUGACGAGUAUCAGCAGAAGGGCUAUGCGCACCGAGCGACAGCGGAAGAAUUAGCAGAAACGGACCCUCGUCGCACAUGGUAUCUCCCCCUCGGAGCGGUGACCAACCCGAACAAGCCAGGGAAAGUUCGAUUAAUCUGGGACGCGUCCGCAAAAGUGGAUGGCAUAUCCUUAAACUCGGUUCUACUAAAAGGACCCGACAUGGUAACUCCACUGUGCUUCGUAGUCUUUCGGUUCCGACAAUAUACUGUAGCCGUAAGUGCAGACGUGAAAGAGAUGUUCCAUCAGGUCCGUACGAGAGGUGCGGAUCGUUCUGCACAAAGUUUCCUGUUCCGUGACGACCCUUCGGAAGAACCUCAAGUGUUCCGUAUGGACGUUGCUACAUUUGGUGCGACGUGUUCACCAGCCAUCGCACAGUACGUCAAGAACGCUAACGCAAGAUCUUUCGAGAAGGAGUUACCACGAGCUGUUGAGGGGAUAGUUUUCAAUCACUAUGUUGACGACUAUCUGGAUAGCUUCUCCACCGAGAAUAAGGCGAAACAAGUUGCGUCUGAAGUCCGAGAGAUCCACAAACGAGGAGGGUUCGAGAUUCGGAAUUGGUGUUCGAAUAGCCCAACGGUUCUUCAGCAUUUGGGGGAGAGUCAACAGCAUCCGGUGAAGCAAAUGUGUCUCGAUGAAAAGGAGCAAUCUGAACGCGUCCUGGGAAUGCGUUGGAUGACAAAGUCCGAUGAGUUAUGUUUUUCAGCUACGAUGCGUGGAGAUGUCGCAUCCAUCAUCGAGAACGGCCACAAGCCAACAAAGAGACAGAUUCUUCGGUGUGUGAUGUCUCUCUUCGACCCACUGGGAUUCCUCGCCCCAUAUUUGGUCUUCGGCAAGGUACUCAUUCAAAGCGCUUGGCGUUUAGGAAUCGGCUGGGAUGAGAAAGUAGACGAUCGGUUGUUCGAGCAAUGGCGCAAAUGGACUGAGAUGAUCGAUCACAUCAAUAGCGUUCGGAUUCCAAGAUGCUACUUUCGAAAGACAGGGGCCACAAAUUUAGCAAACGUUCAACUACAUACCUUCGUCGAUGCAGGCCGGGACGCUUGUGCCUGCGUGUUGUACCUUCGAGUUGUCAACGAAGAUGGAGAAGUGGAAGUAGCGCUAGUUUCCGCAAAAACGAAGGUUGUUCCGCUAAAACCAGUCACUAUUCCGAGAUUGGAGCUUCAGGCCUGCGUGAUGGGAACGCGUCUCGCAAAAUACAUUAUCGACGGCCAUUCCUACUCGAUCAAAAAGCGGGUAUUUUGGAGCGACUCAAGUGCAGCCCUCAGUUGGAUUGGUGCGGAUCCUCACAAGUACAGUCCCUAUAUAGCGUACCGAGUGUCCGAAAUAUUGGAAGCGACCGACCGCACCGAGUGGCGCUGGGUAGCAUCGAAAGAUAAUCCAGCUGACGAGGCUACGAAGUGGGGAGCUGGACCGUAUUUCAAUUCCAACAGCAUCUGGUACAGCGGACCUGAAUUUCUAUACUUACCUGAGCGAGAUUGGAAGAGAGGUGAUCCGGAAAAAUCAGGAGAAGAAGAGCUACGAGCUUGUUACGUUCAUCGGGAGAUACAUGUUCCCGAAUGUAUUGUAGACAUCGAACGAUUCUCGAAGUGGACGCAUUUGCAACGCGUCAUGGCAUACGUUCACCGUUUCACCAACAACUGUCGCAAUGUUCGCCUUAACACCAAGGUUCUUACGAAGAAGGAGCUGAAAAUGGCCGAAAACUCAAUUUUCCGACUAGUUCAGUGGCAAUCCUUUCCUGACGAGAUUAUCACCCUGUCUACAAAUCGUUUCCUCCCGUCAGAGCAACAACGACCGUUAGAGAAAUCCAGCACUAUCUACCAGGUCACACCAAUGCUGGAUGAAUUUGGAGUUCUACGCGUGAACGGCAGAAUCGCGGCAGCGCAAUGUGCUUCAACUGAUGCCAAAUACCCCAUCAUCCUUCCGAGGAAACAUCGACUGGCAGCGCUUCUGGUGGAUCACUAUCAUCGUCAACUCAAGCAUGGCAACAAAGAGACCACAGUCAAUGAGAUUCGUCAACGUUUUCAUAUUCCGAAGCUUCGCUCUUUCGUGAAUUUCGUCACAGCUCGGUGCAAUCUUUGCAAGAUACGGAAAGCACGACCGAGCAUUCCACAGAUGGCCCCACUUCCGCAAGCCAGAUUAUCACCAUUCACCCGUCCAUUCAGCUACGUUGGACUGGACUAUUUUGGUCCCUUUCUUGUGAAAGUUGGGCGUAGUAAAGUGAAAAGGUGGAUUGCGCUCUUCACUUGUCUGACACUACGAGCCGUCCACCUGGAAAUCGCGAGCAACUUGACAACUGAAUCCUGUGUAGCGUGCGUUCGUCGAUUCGUGUGCCGUAGAGGAUUUCCCGUUGAAAUCCACAGCGAUAACGGCACCAACUUUCAAGGUGCAGAGCGAUUACUACGUGAGCAAAUCAAUACCAAGCUUGCGACUACGUUCACCAGUUCAACAACAGCUUGGCGAUUCAUUCCCCCGGGUGCACCUCACAUGGGCGGCGCCUGGGAGCGAAUGGUCAGAUCCGUGAAAACAGCGCUGACGGCAGCCUAUAACAAUGAAAAACUAGACGAUGAUGCUUUGCACACGAUGAUUGUAGAAGCAGAAUCCAUAGUCAACAGCAGGCCGUUGACCUACCUUCCGCUGGACUCUGCGGAGCAGGAAGCAAUCACCCCUAACCAUUUCCUUCUAGGGAGCUCAGCCGGCGUCAAGCAACCAGUCGUGCAGUACGAAGAUAACAACGCACUCUUGAAGCGAUCGUGGGCCAUGAUCCAAGAACGGCUGAACUCGUUUUGGAAGCGGUGGGUACGGGAGUACUUACCCACACUAACUAGAAGAACGAAAUGGUUUGGCUCGGAGAGGAAUGUUGCAGCAGGGGACCUAGUAAUAAUCAUAGAUGAUACCAGAAGGAACGGAUGGACGCGUGGUCGCGUUUUGGAAGCCAUAACUGCUGCGGAUGGCAGAGUUCGGCAGGCGAUCGUUCAAACGAAUGGAGGUAUACUCAGAAGACCGGUCUCCAAGCUUGCAGUUCUUGAUGUGGCCAAGGAAGAUGGAACCAAGGAGGCUCACUGGUUCCACCGGGGGGAGAAUGAUGCCACAAAGACAGACCAGCUGGGAGCCCGGCCACGCAACCGAGCAUUGAAGCUGCGUUCUUCAUGCGUGACGGUAGGACUAACUGUCAACAAUGACAAAAGGAACGACGAACAAUGA